AUGCGUCUCCUUCUCCUCGCUGCGCUGGCCGCCGCGCAGAGCGACACCGCGUCUCCUCUUACGACACGGCUUACACCCGUCUCGCUCACGCCGGUAGCCGGUCCAACCAGACCCCUCACGGUGACCGUGACGCUCCCGCCCGCGACCUCAAGCACAGAAUCACCCUCCGAACCCGCCGACCUCAUCGGGGGCAUCCUCGGCGCCGUCCUCGCGAUCCACCUCGCGGCCGCCGCAGCCUGGUUCUACCUCUACCAGCGCCGCAAAGCACGUCUCGCGAAAGGGGGCGAUAUCGAGCUCCUCCCCGCCCCGGCCCCCGCCCCCGCCCAGCCCGAUGAGAUCCCGCCGCCCGCGCACCCCGCGCCCGCCGUGCCCCCUACGCUCGGGAAGCGGGACUCGCAAAGCUCGUCUAGUACGCUCGUGCAGGCGCGUGUGGGAAAGUGGUCGCGUGGUGGGCGCUCGAAUGCGUCCGGGAAGGGGAUGUAAAGUCAGCAGAAGGGGGGGGGAGUAGGGGGAGUAGGGGGAGUAGGGUGGAUGGUUAGG